AUGGAUCCGCACCAACCCUUCGGCAACCCGCACCACCGCCGCGCCGCGCACCCCGGCCACCACUACCUAGACCAGCAGCACCCCGGCCACCACCAGCAGCAGCAGCACCACCACUUGGCCGGCGGCGGCGGCGCUGCCCCCGCGCGGUCCAGGUAUGACUACGAGUACGACUCCCGCCCGAUCCCGUACCCCCCUCCCGACCACCACCACCACCACCCCCUCCCGCGCGUCCACCAACAGCCGCCGCCGCCGCCGCCUCCGCCCCAGCCGCUGCCCCCGCCGCCACCUCCCCCGCCGCACCACCGCCACGACGGCCCCCACUACGCCCCCCUCCCGCUCCGCCCCACGCCAGAAACCUACUCCCCGCCGCCGUACCACAACCCCGCUCCUCCUCAUCAGCCGUACCACCAGCAGCGCCACGGCGGCGGCGGCGACUUCCGCCCCGCCGACGAGAUCCGCCGCAUCCCCAGCCACCACCCCCACCAUCACCACCAGCAGAUGCCGUACCAUCGCCACCAGCAGCAGCCGCAGCACCAUCACCAGCAGCAGCAGCCGCAGCACCUUCACCAGCAGCCACAACUCUCGUGGGAGGAGGCUGAGGAGGGGCGCUGCUACGCUGCCCACCAGCUGAAGCCGCAGCUCUCGUGGGAGGAGGCUGAGGAGGAGCGGCGCUACGCUGCCCGUCAGCUCCGGGUGUCGCUGUCGCCACCCGGUGCACGGAAGAGGUACCGCUGCGCCAUGCAUGACUCGGGUGAUCGGGAGAGCACAUCCAGCUCUGGCCCGCCACCCCGCCGCCAGAGGCAACAGCCGCACCCUGGCUAUUCUCCCCCACCAGAUGACGGUUUUGUAGAUAGGGCAACUAGUUAUUCUUACGGCAGCCACGAGGGCUUUGUGGCGCACAGCGACAGUAAUGGAAACAGGAAGAUGCCGAUGUCCAUGUUGACUAUGUUGCCUGGCUCGCCUAGGCGAGCCCCACAGAAGAUGGCUCCUACGAGAUUGUCUGUGUGGCAUCGUAUUGAGGAGAAUCCCUCACUGUAUACGCCACCUUCUCCACGCAAGGUGCCAAAGGAGGUGCAUAUUUCGCCGAGCAAGACCAAAAACUCUGGGUCUGCUUCAAAGGAAUUGGCCAGCGUAAUUUCUUUGGAUUGCAAGGCAAAGAGUUCUGAUUGUAAGGGUAGUGAUGAUAGUGCAGGAAUGAAGAAGAAUGCAGCAAAGAAAACUGAGAAGGUGCUGUCCUCAGUUAUUGUGAAGCCUUCACCAGAAGCCAAGGAAAAAGAAAGAGCUGUUAAUAAGGUUACCAAGAAGCCUGACAAGGUUGGUAAUAGUAUACCAGGUUUCACGAGUGCAGGUGUGAGAUCUGCGGCCUUUCCUGGGCCUGGUGUGAAGAAAGUGAAAAAGAUAGUCAUCAAGAAGAUUGUUAGGAAGAUCGGUGCCAAAGAUAAACAAACUAGUAGUUCGACCGUCAAGGACAGCAUUGAUGCUAAUGCGGAUGCCUCUGAGAAAGAAGAAGCUAAUGCAAAUGCUUCUGAGAAAGAAGAAGGUGAGAUCACAACAUCAUCUUUUGAAAAGGAUGCUAUCUCUGCACACAAUUUGGUCAGUACUGGUGAUACAGCUGGAGUUGCUAACAGUGUGGAGGUCCAGAAGGAACAAAAUAAUGAUUUGGUGAAUCUGAGUAAGAGCAAUGCUGCUUCAACCAUUGCAUCUACGGAUACUCUUGACACAGCAAGUGCUAGCCAGAGAAAGCAUCCUGGAAAAGAAGAUUAUAAGAGCUUCGUGAAUUCAAUUGAUGGCAAUGCAUGUCCAGCCAUUGAAUCUAUUAAAACAUUUAAUACAAGUGGUGUUGAACAUCCUGGAAAAGAAGAUGAUAGGUGUUUCAUCAAUUCAAGUGUUAAAAAUGCUACCCUUCAUUGUGAGAACAAUAAUUCUCAACCGGAAGAAGAGGGUGAAAUUCUGGCUGAUGCAGUGGAACCACAUGAUUGUAAAGUGGAAAACAUGGAAGACAACAAAGUUCCUGAGGUCCUGAGUGGAAAUAGUGCUGUUUACGUGAAUGGAGCUAAGGAUUGUACAACAGAAGUUAGUGGAAGUGAGGAUGACAGGAGGGAAGAAGGCCUUUUCCUUCUAAACGAUCCCAUUAGAAGUCCUAGUACAGAUGAAGUUAGCAUGACUCCAAGCAAGGAUAACCAUGAAAAAGAGGGUAUGAUUCUGAUUGGUGCAAGUGAAGUGUGUGCUGCUUCUGUAGGCCAACCUGAGGGAAAUCCCAAGAUAGCAGAAGCCGCUGUUGCUCAUGGUGCACGUAAGGAAGAAGGCAAUCUGCUGAACAAUCGAGGAGAAAAGGAUGUGGCAUCUUUUGGAUCUUCGGGAACCCUUAAUACCACGGAAAAAAGUGUUAAUGAGAUUACCCAGGAGAAAGAGUGGAGAAUGCCCAUUGAACCAAAUGAAGCUACUUCUUUUGCACACCAAAUUGUGCAGGCCUUGAGUACAUUACAAUUUAAUGUUAGUGAGAAUAUCCAGAAGGAGAGCCAAAUGCCCAUGGAUUCAAGUGCUUUUCAAACAAUAGAAUGCGCCGAAGCUCCUAACACAAUAGAAGUUGUUAGUAGUAAGUUUGCUCAGAAUGUAGCGUGCAAGAGCCCCAUGGAUUUAAAUGGGACGAAUGUAGGAACUUCAGAAAACUCCUUGUACACUCCAGAGUUUGAUGUAGCAGGUGGAACCGACGAUAGCAGCAUGCAAGUUGAUUUCCACGAUGUGAAAGCUGCUUUAAGUAAGCCAGAUCUUCCCCUGGAAGUAGUGGAUACAGAUACCCAUGCUCUGCAGUCAUCCAGAGAUACAGAGAGCACAAUUCUGCCAUCAUUGGAUGAUGAUCCUAUGAAGGAUUCCUCUGGUGCUUUUAUUCUGAAUAAUGGUGUAGGGAGGAGCACUUCAUCUCAAGUAGCAGAACUGACACAUCUUCAUAGACCCCACCCGCCUCCUGACCACAACCCAUCCUCCUUACAUUCCCAUGAUUCGCCAUCUGUAUCUGGUAACAGUGAGCAUUCUGUUCCUACAGCUUUGACCCUUGGUAAUAAUAUCUAUUUCAGUAGUGCAGAGAGUGAGGGACAGCCUGAGGAAAACCAUAACCUAGUGGAUGUAAACCAAGGAUUUGAUGUGACAAUGACAGAAUUUGGUAAUAUUGUCAAAAGAAAAGGUGAAUCUGGCAAUGACUUUAUGAAUGCAGGCAGUCAGAAUUGGUUGACUUUACCACUUACUGUCAGCUGCUUGGAUAAUGAUGCUACUGGUAGUAAUGAGAGGUUAGGUUUAGAGCAGAUUGUGGAUGAAGGUGCCUCUGUCUGUCAGGAUCAUGAUAGUAUGCCAGAUAUUGACCAGCGUGGCAGUAUUGAUAUUUUGUCUGGCCAGGAUCACAGCCUCAAACUAUGUGAUAUCAGUAUGCCUCAAGCAGACCUUUUGGCAACCGAAGAGGGAAAUAAGGAUGUUGAGGAUGAGAUUGUUCUCCCAGGUUCUUCUAUUAAUUCUUUAAAUGUUUUAGAUCACAAUAGUUAUCGCACAGUGGAUAAACCUAUAUAUAACCUUAAUAAACCGAUUCUCUUAUCUUCACAAUCUGCUGAUGCACCAGGUCGAGAGUUAGCUUCUUCUCAGGUAUCUGUUGAUUCUGAUCACACCUAUCAUGGAAGUACCGAGGACCCUGUGGGCGUGUCAAGUACAACACCUGAUUCGAUAUCCUCCUGGAUUGAAGCCAUUGUAUCAGAAGCUAAAAAGGAUCAUCAAUCAUGCAAAUCCUCUCUACUUCCUAUCAGUUCUCCAGACAAGGUAUCAGCACCAAAGGAGGAUAGCAAGAAGGCAUUGUCAGAUUCAGUAGUCAACUCUGUAGUAAAAUCUCCUCGAAUUAAUAUUGCAAGCUCCACAGUAUCGAACGUACCUACUAAACAGGUGGCUUUGCCUGGUUCAUUGCGAGAGCCCCCUCGCUUAAACCAGAAUACAAGGAACAGGACAUGGCGUCGUGACAAUGCGCCAUCUUCUAAUUCAUCAUUGCAUGUUUCACAGACUUCAGGAUUGCCCCCUAAACUCCCAGUAAAAAAGAACAGCAAAAGUGAAAACUCUUAUAUCCGCAAGGGUAAUGCCCUCAUUAGAAAUCCAGCCACUGGAAAUCAUCUUCAUUCUUCUUCUAGUCUAGAUUCUCAAAAUAAGUUGAGUAAGCCUGUUAUGAGGAGAAGCAUGAACUUUGUCAGGAAAGUCGAUUCAAAAGACGUAGCACAUUCUCAUAUUUCAGUUGAAAGACCCAAGACCCCACCUUUGCCACUUCACACCAAAUCCAUCAGUUGUGCUGUGAAUGUUUUGGAGCCAUUGUCUCAAAAUUUGCAGCAACAGGUCCUUGAAACUGAAAAGGAAGAUUCCAGUGGGCAGGUUAACUCAGGUGCUGACAAUCCAAGCAUUAUUAGUUCGCACAAGUCUGAAGCCCUUGAUGCUGGUAAAGCAAUUUAUGUUAGACCAAAGUUAAAUCAACUUGUUGCUGCACAGGGGCAACAUCUUGGUGAGUCGAGUAACAUUUCCUUGGAUAAGAUUAUGUUACUGCAGCCAUCUGCAACAUCUGAUCUCUAUUUCAAGAAAAGGAGAAAUCAGAUUAUUUUGGGUCCCUCUACUUCUGAUGCUCCGAGUUCAAAAGAUACAUCUCAAGCCGAGAAUAUAAAGUCGGGUGAGAGUAAAGUUCUAAUGUCUGCAUCUUCCAACAACAAUAUCACUGUGGCAAAGGACAGGCCGCACAAAGCUCUUAAGACAACAAAUACUGUCAGAAGUUUCUCUCAUGUCUGGACACUUAGUGGACAAAAUCCUCGAAAGAAAUCUUUUGUGGGAGCUAGUCAUAUGAAGGCCUUCCCUCGUAUACUUCCAUGGAAAAGAAAAAUAUUCUGCCAGAACUUCAGAGGCAGUUACUCUUCGUUAUUGAAUACAAGCUCUAUAGGGAUAAUGAGAAAAUUAUUGCAAACAAGGAAGAGAAGUACUAUUUACACCGUCUCUACUGAUGGAUUCUCUCUUCGGAAAUCUGGAGUGUUAAGUAUAGGCGGGUCAAGUUUGAAAUGGUCAAGGUCCCUUGAGAAACAUUCUCAAAAGGUUAAUGAGGAAGCUACGCAGGCAGUUGCUGAAGUUGAAAGAAAGAAAAGAGAAAAGAGAAAACGGCAGUCUCUCCGUAACAAGGGAAGGAAUGAUCGAUACUCUGCAUCAGUUGCUGCCAAUCAAUUAACAAAUAGCAGCAGAGCAUCUUCAGAUUCAAGGGUGUCGUCAACUUGCAAUGAAUACGUGCGUGUUAAUAAAGGUAACCAACUGGUCAGAAAUCCGAAGAAAGUAAUCCGCAUGCUAGCAAGUGAGAAAGUUCGAUGGAGUUUGCACACUGUUAGAAGACGGUUGGCAAAGAAGCAGCAAUAUUGUCAAUUCUUCACUCGCUUCGGCGAGUGUAAAAAAUCUGGUGGCAAGUGUCCCUAUAUUCAUGACCGAGCUAAAGUGGCUAUCUGUACUAAAUUUCUUAAAGGCUUGUGUUCUAGUACUAAUUGCAAACUAACUCACAAGGUCCUGCCAGAAAGAAUGCCAGAUUGUUCUUACUUUCUGCAAGGGCUCUGUACCAACACAGCCUGUCCCUAUAGGCAUGUGAAAGUGAACUCGAACGCCCCUGUUUGCGAAGAUUUUUUGAAGGGAUAUUGUGCUGAUGGUGAUGAGUGUCGUAAAAAGCACAGCUAUGUAUGCCCCGUCUUUGAGGCGACAGGAGAGUGCCCACAAGAAUCAAGAUGCAAGCUUCAUCACCCCAAGAAGAAAAACAAAUCCAAGAGAAGCAAAGUAGACACCGUCCAAAACAACAGUUGGGGUCGGUAUUUUGAGACAAGUAUUGGCCAUGGCAGUGGAGCAAGGAUAGUUUCUUUGGAGGAAGAAGAGAGACAGAAACCAGAGCAAGUCUCUGGUGAGGACUUUGCUGACUUCAUUGAACUUGGUGCUGAUAUUGAAGUCCCUGAAGAUGCAGACGCUUCGGAUGACAUACAGCCGAUGGAAUUGGACUCGGGGAAUCUCGAGAUGCAGGCUGACAAUCUUGACGCGAUAAUCAAGCCACUUCGGAUCAUGAGAAUGGCAAGAGUUUGA